CGGCGUCGUUUAGUGCAUUUAUAAACACUUGUAUCUUCCCCCUUGGGGAACCUGUGUGUCGAAUCAGGUUGCAGCUUCUUCCAUCGUCGGGCUUGGCUUCACCUUCUCACUUUGAUUCAAACCAAUAGAAGAAGACGUCGUUUUGGGAUGCUUAUUUCCAUAUAAAGCAUCAAACACCAACUCAAUUACUUUUGAUUCAACCAGCAAUGGCGUCUCUGAUGUCCCUCAAUCGCACUGGAAACUCCAUAAUCACUUCCAAUUUCAAGGCUCGAAUCCCCGCUCACUCUUCUGCCUUACCUCUCAAGCCCAUCUCUUCUUCUCCUCAAAACCCCCCUCCAAAACUUCUCUGCACCUACGCUCUUCCCAACCACCAACCCACUAAUAAGCCCCGAGUCUUCCGCCGCCAAACCAACAGCACACACCCUCCGAAACAACACAAUGGUCAAAACCUGACUGGUACUCAGCUCAACACUCAGAAUGCCAACUACCCACAAACCGAAAACUUCACGGUAGUACAUUCUGGGGUUGAUCUGAUGGGGUUGUGCGAAGAGGGGAAGAUUAGAGAAGCUGUUGAGUAUAUGGGUCAAGGUGUUUGUGCUGAGUAUGGGGUUUUUUGUGCAAUGUUGAGUUCGUGUGGGAAAACGAAAUCGCUUGAAGUAGGGAGAAGGGUUCAUGACUUGUUGGCGAGGUCGAAAUUCGGUGGGGAUGUUGAAUUGAAUAAUAAAUUGAUUGAAAUGUAUGGGAGGUGUGGGAGUAUGAGAGAUGCGCGCAGGGUGUUUGAUAGAAUGCGCGAACGGAAUAUGAGUUCGUGGCAUUUAAUGAUAAAUGGGUAUGCUGCGAAUGGGCAGGGAAGGGAUGGAUUGUUGUUGUUUGAGCGAAUGAGGAAGGUGGGGUUGCGUCCGGUUGGAGAGACUUUUGUGGCAGUGUUGUCAGCGUGUGGUAGUGUAGAAGAAGGAUUAAUGUACUUCGAAUUGAUGAAGAAAGAGUGUGGAAUUAUACCAGGGAUAGAGCAUUAUCUAGGAGUUAUAGAUGUUCUUGGGAAAUUUGGUCAUAUCAACGAAGCAGAGGAGUUUGUUGAUAAAAUGCCAAUUGAACCCACUGCAGAAGUUUGGGAGGCAUUGAGAAAUUUUGCUCGAAUACAUGGAGCUAUCGAGCUUGAAGACCGGGCCGAGGAGAUGUUGGCUGCUCUUGAUCCCUCUAAGGCCAUCACGGACAAGAUCCCAACGCCACCACAGAAAAAGCAGUUGGCAGUCAACAUGCUUGAGGGCAAGAACAGGGUCAGUGAAUACCGGAGCACAAAUCCUUACAAGGGAGAUGCGUAUGAGAAAUUAAAAGGAUUGAAUGGGCAGAUGAGAGAAGCCGGUUAUGUCCCUGACACAAGAUAUGUGCUUCAUGACAUUGAUCAGGAGGCAAAAGAACAGGCCUUGCUCUAUCACAGCGAGCGAUUAGCAAUUGCAUAUGGCCUGAUCAGUACUCCAGCUAGAACACCUCUCAGGAUCAUUAAGAAUCUUCGAAUUUGUGGCGAUUGCCACAAUGCAAUAAAAAUUAUGUCAAAGAUUGUUGGGAGGGAGCUAAUUGUUAGGGAUAAUAAGCGGUUUCAUCACUUCAAGGACGGCAAAUGCUCUUGUGGGGAUUACUGGUAAAGGUGUAUCACUCUUAACGUUGCCACAAUAAUUUGUUUCCCCUUGCAGUUGGUGUAAUCCAAUGCUGUUUAUGGGAGUUGAUCUUUGUAAAUGUCUGGAUUUCUUUUGAUCUUACAAUCCUUAUGUUUGUACUGAAAUUUGAACAUCCAUUACAUUGGAAUAAAUUCAAUGGGUCAGCAUAA